GCGUAGUAAAGCAAACCACACUAGUACCUGCCACCUCUACGCUAGUCAGUAUUUUUCAAGAAUUGAUUUUUCAUUUCGGUUUUGGUGAUCUCGGAGGAAGCAAGCUGAAAAUGAAACUCCUCAGCAGCACCGUUGUGCUUGUCUUGUUGGCCUGCGUGAGUUGUAGUGUUGUUCCACUGAAGCGAGUUGUGAGGAGCACCGCAAACGGGGGUAGUGCAUCCACUGCCGGGGCGCAAUCUUCGAGUGCUGGAGCUGGGGGACAAAGUGGAAGCGCAGCAUCAGCCAACUCACAGUCUUUUGGCUUCGGUUUCCCGAUGCAUCAGUUUGGUCAGUUUGGCUUUGAUUCGAAAGCGUUCGAAAAUUUCGGCCAGUUUUCAGAGUUUCCACAGUUUGGUCAAUUCCCCCAGUUUGGUCCAGGUUCAGGGAAAUCAGAAUCUCAAGCUGGAUCUCAGUCAUUCUCGUCGAGUUUCGGGCAAGGAGGCCAUGGUGGAUCUGGAUCGGGAUCAUCUUCUGGGUCUCAAUCGUUCUCUUCGGGAGGAUCGCACGGAGCUAAUUCUGCCGCCGGAGCUGGUUCGCAAUCAUUCUCAGGAGGAAUGGGACAUGGUGCUGGUUCAGGAUCUCAAGUGGGAGCACAGUCUGGCUCGAGCUCAGGUUCAUUUGGUGGUGGCCAUGGAGGGUCUGGAUCAGCUUCUCAAGCGGGAGCACAAUCUGGUUCGAGCGCUGGUUCGCACGGUGGCCAUGGAGGUUCCGGUUCGGGCUCUCAAUCGGGAGCACAGUCUGGCUCAAGCACAGGAUCGCACGGUGGAUCACAUGGAGGAUCAGGAUCGGGUUCUCAGGCGGGAUCACAGUCUUUCAGCGCUGGUGGCAGCGCUCAUGGUGGUCCCUCCUCUGGCAGCAACGCAAAUGCUGGAUCACAAUCCACUGGACAAUCUUCUUUCGGUCACGGUGGUCAUAAAACGGAAUUCAAGAAGGAGGGUGAUGGAUUUGGUGUACGAAUCAGCACAGAUGAAUCUGCUGAUGGAACUGCUAAGAAGACUGAAAGUGAGGCCUGGGUUUGGAACAAUUGAAAUGAAUGAUUCAAUAUAAGAAAUGCUCUCUGCAAACUCAA